ACACUGCCACACAUAAAUAAGAUCUGAGCCUCAUUUUCAGCCUCACUCUCGCCACCUCGCUGCUUUUUCUCUUCCCGAUUCGCUUCGUCCGUUGAAACCGAUUCCUACCCCAGUCCGGACCCUCGAUCUCGAUCAAAUGGCGAAAGAACCAGUUCGCGUUCUCGUUACUGGAGCCGCAGGACAAAUUGGAUAUGCUCUCGUCCCUAUGAUUGCUAGGGGAGUGAUGUUGGGUCCCAACCAGCCUGUGAUCCUGCACAUGCUUGAUAUCCCACCUGCUGCGGAGGCAUUGAAUGGGGUGAAAAUGGAGUUGGUGGAUGCUGCAUUUCCUCUACUUAAAGGUGUUGUUGCUACAACAGAUGUUGUUGAGGCAUGCACUGGGGUUAACAUUGCAAUCAUGGUUGGUGGGUUUCCAAGGAAAGAAGGCAUGGAAAGGAAAGACGUGAUGUCAAAAAAUGUGUCAAUUUACAAGUCUCAGGCUUCUGCCCUUGAAAAGCAUGCAGCUGCAAACUGCAAGGUUUUGGUUGUUGCCAACCCAGCAAACACCAAUGCACUGAUAUUGAAGGAAUUCGCACCAUCAAUCCCUGAGAAAAAUAUUACUUGUUUGACUAGACUCGAUCAUAACAGAGCCUUGGGCCAGAUUUCUGAAAGGCUAAAUGUUCAAGUUUCUGAUGUUAAAAAUGUUAUUAUCUGGGGUAAUCACUCAUCAACCCAGUAUCCUGAUGUCAGCCAUGCAACGGUGAAAACACAUUCUGGAGAGAAGCCAGUCCCCGAGCUUGUUGCUGAUGAUGCAUGGUUGAAGGGAGAAUUCAUAACUAUCGUUCAACAACGUGGUGCUGCAAUUAUCAAAGCUAGGAAACUAUCAAGUGCAUUGUCUGCUGCUAGUUCUGCUUGUGACCACAUACGUGAUUGGGUGCUUGGAACCCCCGAGGGCACUUGGGUUUCCAUGGGAGUAUACUCUGAUGGUUCAUACAAUGUACCAGCUGGACUCAUUUAUUCAUUCCCUGUCACUUGUCGCAAUGGAGAGUGGACGAUAGUCCAGGGACUUUCAAUCGAUGAAUACUCGAGGAAGAAGCUGGACUUGACAGCAGAGGAGCUCACUGAGGAGAAGGCUUUGGCUUACUCAUGCCUCUCUUGAAUGCUCUUGUUCCUUCUCUAAUGUGGUAGUACGUCCGGCUCUUUCUUGUGUGUCAACUGAAGUAGCUGGAGUUUUGAAUAAUGCCAUUGUUAAAGAUUUAGAGGAACUGUUAAUGAUGGAGAACUUCUAUGUAUUUUAUACUCUUUGCGGCUUGCAUUUCUACUUGGAUGCUUGAAUUUAUAACUAUCAUCCUAAUUAAUGGAUAUUAUCAACUUAAUAUUUG